GCGUGCACAGUGACAAAAGACUUCAAGGAGGAAGCAUCAGGAUAGUGCGCUGCAGUCUUAUCUUUUCCUGCCUUACCGCAGAGAUGGUGUGGCAACACAUGCCUGAAGUUCCUCGGCCUCCUCUCCGUAAAGACCUAGGAACCCGUGGCAGGCCUAUUAAGCUUCAGAGCAACUACUUCCCUGUUACAGUCAGAAAACCCAAUAUCAAACUAGUCCAUUAUGAUGUCGUCAUCAAGGAAGGAGACAAGGAUGUACACCUUCCUAAAAAGAAGAAGAUGUUGAUCUUUGAAACAAUGAGAACCACCUACUAUCGUGUCUUCAAGAAUGUUGGUCUUGCAUUUGACAGCGAAAAGAAUGCUUAUAGCAUAAAUCCCAAUCCGCAAUUUGAAAUUGACAUUUCCACCAAAUUUGAGGUGGACAUUUCUGAAGAAUCGGGGAAAGUGACCAAGUACAGUGUUAAAAUGGAAGCUGUGCAGCGUGCCAACUUGCAAGAGUUCAUGCAGGCGCUCAAGCACAAGCCAGGCGAGAAGCAGAAAAUAAUACCCCAGAAAAUUAAUCAGAUAUUGGAAGUCAUGUUGGGACAUAACCCGAGUCUUCAGUUUGUAAAGGUUGGCCGAAACAAUUUCUUCCCGAUGGAUGGAGAGUUUGGCAAACCAUAUUACAUUGGGGGAGGCAAGGAGGCUGUGACCGGCUUCUUCAGCUCCCUACGGCCUGCCGCCUGGAAAGAUGGCUCUCUGCUGCUUAACGUUGAUGUUGCAAAUACAUCAUUCUACAAAGAGCAACCUCUCCUUGAUUUCCUGAUGGAUUCGCUUCGCCUACAUGAAAAGGAUCUCAACCAGACCCUAAAACCCUUUCACAAAAAGGCACUCAAAAAAGAGCUGAAAAACUUAAAGGUGAGAUGCAGCCAUUGGAAAAUAUUGAUAAAGCUGUCCCAUCCUGAUUCAGAAGGUAAGGGUUUAACUCCACACUUGAGGGCUGUAACUCCUGACCCUGCCACACUAAGAGCUCAACCUGAAGCUGGCUGA